GGACCUCCUUCUUCGAGUACAUUAAACAUAUAGCCCCCAAAUUCUCUGCAAUUUUUCGUAACGAAGGUAGCCCUUUCCAUUCCAAUUUCUUCCCCGAUUUUGCCCUAAUUCCAUAAUGCCCCUCGAUUCCUCCGUCCUUGACAUGAUCUGAACAAACCGCCUACGAUCUCCGUUAUCUCUCACUCUAGAAUUCCCCCAUCGUAAGCCUGUCCGUUCAGAGAGUUAGGGUUUCAAUUCAGUCGAGCGAGCUGUUGUAGAAUCAAAGGUGCUAAGUGACUUACUUUCUUCGAGUAGGUAUAUGCAAUGGUGAAAGGGAAACUUAUUCUAAUUUGCCAAUCUGGUGGUAAGUUUGUGACCGAAGAUGAUGGAACCAUGUCAUAUAGUGGUGGAGAAGCAAAUGCAGAAAAUAUUACCAGUGAGACACCAUUCAAUGAUAUAAAGUUAAAGUUGGCUGAGGCAUGUAAUUUCAAUCAGAAGACAAUAAGUAUCAAAUAUUUCCUCCCAGGAAACAAGAAAAACCUAAUUGUUAUGAAGAAUGACAAAGAUGUGAAAAGAAUGAUUGAUUUUCAUGGGGAUGCCAUCACAGCAGAGGUCUUUGUUAUGGGAACACCAGGUUUUGAUCGUAGUGCCCUAGACAUUGAAUCCAACAGGGAAACUGUCACCAAGAAAGAUGAGACCUUGAAAAAAGAUGAGACUGUUGUAAAACACAGUAAUGCAAAAACCAAGAAAGGUGGCAAAGAAAAGGUGACAACAGCUCCUUCUUUUUCAUCUCCAGCUAAGAGGACACGUCGUGCCAUUGCUGCUGCAGCUGCAGCUGCAGCAGCAGCUGCUGCUGCUAAAGUGUCAUCUGAUGACAAUAAAGAAGGUGGCAGUGACAAAUCCGGUGGUGCCACAUCAGAAGAUUCCGGCCAUGACACUUCCUCAAGCUCUGAUUCCAACCCUGGAAAUGUAAAGGCGAAUUCCGAUUCCGGUUCAGACUAUCGCCCUAAAAGGUCUUCAAUGAGAAAGCACAUUGCUUUAACUACAAGCCCUGCUGAUGCUGUCAAGAAAAGGAGGCGGACCCCAUCUUGGAAAUUUGGCGCCAAUGGGCGUCCCACAAUCGUUUCUUCUCCUGAUUCAGGGUCAAAACGGGAAAAAAGUGGGAAAAAUAAUGAUGAAAGUUCACAAAGGAAGAGUCGGAGGUUAGCUUCUAAAGGGGAUAGUUCUACAGAAACAAAAGAAAGAAAAAGUGAUCAAGAAAGUGAAUCUGAAGAAAACUUACCUCUCGCCAUUUAUGACGAUUAUACCCUUACCGAAACAAUGGUGGAUGCAUGGAAGUCAACCAUCACUGGUGUCGGGCAGGAGUUCAAAAGUGUAAAUGAAUUCCGGGCAGCCCUGAAAAAGUAUGCCAUAGCAAAUCGAUUCGGAUACAGAUUCAAGAAAAAUGACACAAGUCGUGCAGUUGGAAGGUGUGCUGCUGAAGGGUGUACUUGGAAAUUUUAUGCUGCGUGGGUUCCCACCACACAAUCUUUUACUAUAAAAACAAUGCAUAAUCAACACACUUGUGAUAAAGAAUCAAGAAAAUCAGCUCACCCUGCAAAGAACUGGUUGGAUUUUGGGGUGGAAUUGAAUUAUACACAAGUAUGGCGUGGGAUUGGGGAUGCUAGGGAACAACUUCAUGGAUCACUUAAAGAAUCUUAUAACAAACUCCCUUUGUUUUGUGACAAGAUUCUAGAAACAAAUCCAGGUAGUGUGGCUAAACUCAUAAUUGGUGAUAAAAAAAUAUUCAAAUCCCUUUUUGUAUGUUUCCACGCGUUGAUUCAUGGGUUCAAGAAUUGUCGCCCUCUUCUUUUCUUGGAAUCUGCUUCUAUGAAGUCUAGGUAUGGAGAGACUCUGUUGAUGGCUAUCACGGUUGAUGGAAAUGACGGUUUUAUCCCUGUUGCGUUUGCUGUAGUGGAUGUGGAAGAUGAUGACACCUGGCGUUGGUUUUUGGAGGAGCUAAAGGGUUCGAUUUUGGACUCGAGGGCUCUUACAUUUGUGGUUGAUAGAGAUAAGAAUUUGAAAAAUCUUGUUGUUGAAGUUUUUGAAAAUGCUUACAUUGGUUACUCUAUUCACCAUCUUUUAGCAAGUUUCAAGAGACACAUGAAGGGUCCUUUUCAUGGAGAUGGAAAAGCUUUUUUGUCUGUUCAUUUAUUGGCUGCAGCUCAAGCGGUUCGACCCAUGGGUUUUAAAAAGUCAACUGAACAUAUUAAGACAAUAUCUUCACAAGCUCAUGAUUGGGUCAUGCAAAUUGAGCCUGAAAAGUAUGCGAGUUCUUAUUUUAAAGGUGAGAGGUAUAACCACAUCACUGAAGAUGUUGGUGAAUCGUAUGCUAAGUUAAUGGAAGAACAUCGCCACUUACCCAUAUUGCAAAAGGUAGAUGCUUUGAUUCGUACCAUGAUUGAUGACAUGGAAUAUGCUAAAUUAGAUGGGAGUGUGUGGGUGAGUCAACUCACUGCUUUGAAAGAGAGAGAAUUGGAACAAGAGAAAGUUAGGGCAACUGGGUUGAAAGUCUUGAUUUCAUCUGAUGUAAUUUUUGAGGUUCGUGAAGAAUCUACACAUGUUGUGAAUGUUCGUGAUUGGAGUUGUACGUGUAUGAUGUGGAAGCAGAUUGGGUUGCCAUGUCAUCAUGCUGUUGCGGUUUUUAUGCUGACUGGUAAAAAUCCGUAUGAUUUUUGUUCUGGUUAUUUCACUGCUGAUGCUUAUCGGUUGACUUAUGCUGAGUCAAUACAACCAAUACCCAUUGAUGGGCCGCAUUUGGUGAAAGAUGUGGGUAGAAAGUUGGAUUUUGGGAAAGAUGAGGGGGGUAAUGUAGAUGCUGAAAAAGAUAAGGGUGUAAAGUUGGAUGGGGAGAAAGAUGAGGGUGCUGAAAAAGACGAGAGUAGAAAGAUGGAUGUUGAGAAAGAUGAGGGUGGUGGUAAUGUAGACAUUGAAAUGGAAGAGGGUGUGAAGUUGGAUGCCAAGAAAGAUGAGGGUAGCAAAGUGGAAAUUGAAAAAGAUGAGGGUAGUAAAGUUGACAAUGAAAAAGAUGAGGGUAGUAAAGCUGACAAUGAAAAAGAUGAGGGUAGUAAAGCUGACAAUGAAAAAGAUGAGGGAAGUAAUGUAGAUGCUGACAAGGUUGAUGGUAGAAAUUUGGAUGUUGAGAAAGAUGAGGGUGGUAAUGUAGAUACUGAAAUGGAAGAGGGUAUGAAGUUGGAUGAAAAGAAAGACGAGGGUGGUAAAGUGGAAACUGAAAAAGACGAGGGUAGCAAAGUGGAAAGUGAAAAAGAAGAGGUGGGUAAGUUGGAUGUUGAGAAAGAUGAGGGUGGUAAUGUGGAUACUGAAAUGGAAGAGGGUGUGAAGGAAGAUGAAGGUAGCAAAGUGGAAAAUGAAAAAGAUGAGGGUAGUAAAGUGGAGACUGAAAAAGAAGAGGGGGGUAAGUUGGAUGGUGAGAAAACUGAGGGUAAGAUUAGAGAAGAACAUGAGGAUCCAAAUGUGCUUGUGCUACCUCCAAUUCCUAUAAAAGGGUCUUCUUCAAUGGUGAAGAAAGAGAAAGAGAAAGAGAUUGAAGGUGUUGAAACAGAGGCAGAAUUGAAAAGGAAAGUGACUUGUAGCACAUGCAAGAAACCAGGGCACUAUAAGAAGUCUUGCAAAGGUUAA